AUUUAGGUGACUCCAAACAUAGGACAUGGUCCGUGCCCUAAAGUUGACUGUUUCUUCGAAAAUGCGGUAUCUGCCUAUCAAACGGUAAAUGCCAAGAAAAACUGCCCAAGACGCUUUGGCCCCAAACCUCCCUGAGAGGCUGAGACACUAAAUUGUACAACAGUACAUCAUCAAAUGUUCCCUUCAUUUAGCCAUACUCGAUCAUCCUGUCAUCACCACCACCAUCACCAUCGCACUCCUUAAGUCAACCCUUAAUCCUAGGGAUCCCCUCCCCUAUAGCUUUAAAUACCUAGGCUAGGUGUUUUUGCAAGAUUAGUCGCAAUAAGUUGCGUUGUCGCUCAUUGAAAUACCGAACGGACUUGAAAAUGGUCUCUGAACCUCCGCGAACCGUCCUCGGCUCCUUAUAUUCAUGAUUUCGUCAGACGAUAUACUCAGUUUAAAAAAUGGAUUACCAGCGCCCGAAUGGCGGGCCCGGCUUUAGCCGUGAAUACAACAGAGCCGACAGGUUUGAGGAUGAGAAGAGGCGCAUUGUGGAUAGUUGCUUCAACAAGAAGGAUGUUGACGGGUCUAUACUCGAAACUUAUAUUACCCAUAUUAGAAUCACUGAGUAUUCUUCCCACCCAUCGUCUCCUCCACCACCCGAAGCUCGAUCCCAGUCCGAAAAACCUCGAGUCAUCAUUGUGGCAGUGCGGAAGUCAGGUCGGGUGCGCAUGCACAAGUCCAAGGAGAACGCGAACGGUUCAUUCUCUAUUGGAAAGACUUGGGACCUAAACGAUCUAAGUUCUAUCGAGUCCUUCACUUCUUCAAAUUGCGAUCCCCAGAAGCGAGAAUGGGCUGGUGACACCGGCUUUGUCGUGAAUGUCGGAAAGCCUUACUACUGGCAAGCCAACGCCGACAAGGAAAAGAAGUUUUUUAUCGCUAGCCUAAUUAAGAUCUAUGGAAAAUACACUGGUGGUGGCAUCCCGGAAUUAAAAGGCUUCGACUCACGCGAACUAGAACAAGUUUUAGGAUCACGAAGGCCGCCACCAAGUCGAGGGCCUGCGUUGGACUCGAGUCCGGCAUUGCGAACCGGCCCUACGCCUACACCUCCCCCUCAAAGACCAGCUCCUACUCCCUCACGAAUGGAACCUAAAAUUUCGAGACCUGAGCCCGUACAAUCCCAGGUUAAUCUUGCUGCACCUAUUCAAAAUAACCCCCCACCACCCGCUAUUGGCGCAAUCCAACCCUUUCGUCCUAAUCAACCUCCUAGUUCACCCGCACGGAAACUAGGCCCUCCAAACGGGACUUCUUCCCCAGCUUCGUCGCUAUCGCUCGGUGCGGAUUCCGCUCGUACAGGAAACCAAGCUGCUGCCUUGCGUAGGCUAGCUGGAAAUAACAAGAGUCAAGAAUCCGUAGCAGCCUCCAUUUCUACGACGAGAAGUGAUGACUCUGCAAGUAUACCGCCACGUUCAAGAGGAGGAUUGGCUGGGCCUGGGGCCCUCGGUAGAUUUGGCGAUCCAUCUGCAUCAGCCUUGCAAGUAGAUUUGCCCGACAGGAAAAGACCGCCAAUGGACCCAACAAGGCCGAAGGAAACCACAGAUGAUGAUCUUGUACCAGCACCAUUAAUGAGCCAAGGCAUGCGAAGGGAACCGCCGCCAAGAAAUACGGAUCGAAUGUCACCGCGGAAGAAUUCUGUUGAUAGUCGAAUGGAAACAAGUUCGCCCGCGACAAAACCAACACCAGCACCAGUGCCAGAACCUGUUUCUGUUUCUGACCCUGUUCCUGACGUUCCCUCUAGUCCUUCAGAUAGGAAAAAUAGCACAGCGUCUGCCUCCAUUGUCUCCGAAGCAAAACCGCCCGGAACCCCGCCUACUAGUUCGCCAGUGGAAGAGGAAACCCGCCCAGGAUUAGGACCUAUGAUUAAGCCAAAGUCCCAACGCGAUUUAGCUGGUGCAUUGUGGAAAGCAGCCUCAGCCGCAGCCGCAUUCAAACCACGCCCAGGCGGAGCUGGAGAACGAUUAAGAGAAAUGCGAAGUAAGACUAACCUCAAUGGUCCAGACGGAAUAACCAGCGUUGUCCCAGCACCGCCACGGCCAGAACCCAAGGUCGGAAUUCCUAAGCCUUUGGACUUGGAGAAAAAGUCUCUCGAUAAAGUCUCCGUAGUCCCUGAGGUAAAAGUUACAGUACCUAAUUCUAGCCGACCAGCUAGUUUGCAGACUUCCAAAAACAAUCGAAGGAAGAGCAUAGAGUCAAGUCAACAACAAGGACCUCCUCGACGCUUAACUGUAGCCGGUAAUGAUACGAAGUACUUAUCUGCUCUCGGCAUAGAUACAACGCUAUUCCUCGACAAGACAUCCGAGUUUGCUAGAUGGCUCGAUCACUUUGGCUGGGUGCCUGGUGAACAAAUGCGAAGCCGUAAUUUUGAGGAGAUGAAGCUUGACAUUGAUAGAGAACUUAACAAGGCUCAGGCUGGAGGUUGGGUUGUCCGAUUCCAGGCGGAGGACGAUCGAAUAGAAGCAAUUAAAAAGGGCCUUGAUGUUGCCAUCGCUGAAUGCGAUGAACUCGACAACUUGCUAACUUUAUAUAGCGUGGAGUUAUCUACAUUGUCCGACGAUAUCGCGUACAUAGAAGCGCAAGGUCAGGGUCUACAAGUCCAAGCAGCCAAUCAAAAACUACUCAGGAAAGAGUUGGAGUCUCUGCUUGAUACGUGUGCCAUCACCUCUGAUGAUUUGAGAGCACUUACGGUGGCGCCCCUCGAGACAACAUCGGGCCUAGAAGAGAUCGAGACGGCACUUGUCACUUUAUACAAGGCGAUGAUGAAGAUCGACUCUUCUGCCGCAGGGUCGGAGCUUCGAAAAAGCGAAGAUGCAGGGCAGAAUUCUACCCUCAAUACAGACUAUGGUAAAAUGCGCAUAGUCCAGGAGAAGAAGGAGAUGUACCGCUCGGAGAGUGUGGCGUUUCUCCAAAGAUUCAUCGCGUUUAUGUCCCGGCAGUUUGAUAAGGCUGCUCAGGAGAUCAGGGUAGUUGUAGAUGGAGCUUUGUCGAAAAAGGUUGAUCCUGGACACCACGACGUUGGGCGGGAGAUGCUUUGGAGAUAUAGUCCACUUAUCCUCUAUGCCAGAGAGGUAAACCUCGAUGGCUGGGAUCGGUGCUUACAAGCGUACCAAGAGAAAAACCUCCCUCUCUAUAAAUCGAGAUUCAAGGACAUACUGGAAUCGUGGAAGCGGAAUGCUAGGAAGCCUUCAGGCGAUGAAGCGGAGCUUCUUUUUACUACUGAACUUGAGAGACAGCAGGAAGGAACAAUGGCCACUGCUAGAAAGCUCACCGUAAAGCGAAGUCAGAAUCUGGCUAGGAGCUUACGAGGCCCCCUCGGUGAAGGCAGUAAAACGAAUCUCGAUAAGAUCUCGGACGGCCGUAACCUUCCGUACGAAGUAUUUUCUGGCAUGAUGGAUGAUCUCGUACCACUGAUCGAGAUCGAACAAAAUUUUAUAGUUGAUUUCUUCCACGCGACUACUUUAGAAACGGCAGAUUUCCCCGAUCUCGUAGCCGCAUCAAAGCCGCGUGAUCGGCGAGGUGGUGACUUGAGACGACAUAGACUCAUGGAGCCUGAUCGGGAGUUAGCUCGGAGAGUAACACGGGCUAUGGAAGCAAUCUUCUCGUCCUUGGAGCAGGACUUGCAGAAUACUAUUGAUUGGGUAUUGUCGCAAGAUCCAUUACAAGGAGUCGGCAUCCUCGCGGUUCUCGAGCAGAAGCACAUAGAAAUGACUCAGUCUAAUCAAGACUUUUUGAAUAACGUGUUGCAAAAGCUUCACGGCAAUCUCGAGUCACGCUUCACAAAAUUCGUCGAAGGUCAAAUCCGCGCAAUCGAGGACACAAAGGUCAAGAUCAAGAAGCGCAGGGGUGUCAUUUCUUUUAUGCGCGUCUUCCCUCAUUUCUCAAGUUCCGUGGAAAGCAUGCUUAUGAUGGUCGAUACGAAUUCUUCUGUCAGAAGAACGGUGGACAGAGAAUACGAUCGUAUUAUCAAGACUAUGUUCGAUUCUCUUAAGGUGAUUGCUCGUGAGAACCCUGCUACACUUACAAAUAGCAGUGCCGAUCCAGAGGACAAGGAAGCACUGAACUAUCAUAUUCUCCUUAUUGAGAACAUGAACCACUUCCUUGAAGAACUCGAUACUCAUGGAUUGGAAAUACUUGAAGACUGGAAAGAAGCCGCCGCAGGUGAAAUGGGAGAACACUUGGGCCUAUACAUUAACGCAAUUAUGCGCCGACCGCUGGGCAAAUUACUCGAGUACCUCGAGAACAUCGAGGCCCAACUCGCCACAGGAAAAAGUCCUAGCAUUGUUGCCGCACAGCCGAGCAACGCGAAGGCAACGUUCAAUAAGAUUCUUAGCGGGUAUGACGCCCGCGAGGUACGCAAAGGUGUCGAAGCAUUACGGAAACGAGUCGAGAAACACUUCGGCGAUGCCGAUGACCCGAGCUUAAGCCGUAGCCUGGUUAACAGGGUACUCCGAGAAUGCGAGAAGUUUUAUGGGGAAAUCGAGGUUCGGAUUUCCACGGUUACAACAACGGUAUACGGCGGCGACGUACUAUUUGAGUGGCCACGCGCCGAUGUGAAGAGUGCGUUUGCCACCACCGGUCGGUAGGUCGGACCGGGUGACUGGAAGCAUGCGUCUUCCCUCGGGCGCAAGUCGACAAGCAGCGGGCGGUCCCGUAUUAUUACAUCGAUGGACGGAUGGCACGAUGGGAGUUCGGUUGGUAGUACAUAUUCACGAUAGUUGUAUAAGAUGAAUAAUUCAUCAUCCAAAGCGUAGUACUGGGGGGUGUUGCAGAAAAAUUGCGGACUGGGUGUACGAGUAGAUAUAUACCUGGAUCCUAUACUGCCGGCAAUUAGGUUAGGAAAUCAUAUCUAUUCCUAUAUCUCGGAAAUUUGUGUAUCAAUCUCGACAUUUAAUACCCUUUCUCUAAAGAUUUGAAUUUGAAUUUGACAAGCCCGUAACGCUACGCCCCUUCAAGACCUAUCACAUUAAUAUCAACGACCUAAGGCAAGGAUGAGCUAAAGUGGUAGCCAUGGAUAUUUAUAGCUAGGUACCUAAAGAAAAGACUUCUUGUUACAUCUUAGUGGUUACCUAAGUUACAGGUAAACCACCUUUGC